CUCACAUAAGGCGAGGAUUAUGAGUAUAGGAUAAUAUAAUAAUCACACAGUUGGCUGAAGAGUGUGUUGGGAUUCGCUCGCAGGGCGUCAGGAUGCCGGAGUUUGAUGUGAUUGUUCUGGGAACCGGACUGAAGGAAUGUGUUUUAUCUGGACUGAUGUCCGUCAACGGGAAGAAGGUCCUUCAUAUGGACUCCAACCCGUAUUAUGGAGGAGAAAGUGCCUCAGUUUCCCCUCUGGAGGAGCUUUUUAAGAGGUUCCAGGUUUCUGCUCCUUCAAAAUCAAUGGGAUGCGGGAAAGACUGGAACGUGGAUCUGAUUCCCAAGUUCCUGCUUGCAAAUGGUCCUCUGGUGAAGAUGCUGCUGUACACUGAGGUCACGCGGUAUCUGGACUUCAAGGUGAUUGAAGGCAGUUUCGUCUAUAAAGGAGGGAAAAUUCACAAAGUCCCCUGCACUGAGACAGAAACACACAAUACAGAUCUGAUGGGGAUGUUCGACAAGCGGCGCUUCCGUAAAUUCAUGUCCUUCGUGCUGAACUUCGAGGAGAACGAUCCGCGGACGCAUCACGACAUGGACCCGCACAGAACCAACAUGAGGGACGUGUUUCGCCACUUCGACCUGGGAGACGAUGUGGUGGAGGUCACAGGUCACGCUCUGGCCCUUCACGUCAACGACGAUUAUCUGGAGCAGCCGUGUCUGAUGACCAUACAGCGGAUCAAGCUGUACUCCGAGUCUCUGGCACGCUACAGUCUCAGUCCGUUCCUCUAUCCUCUGUUCGGUCUGGGCGAGGUGCCUCAGGGCUUCGUCAGGCUCAGCGCCGUCCACGGGAACAGAUACCUGCUGGACCGCCGCGUGGACGAAAUCCUGAUGAAGGAUGGGCUAGUGACGGCGGUGCGAUCCGAGGGCGAGGUCUUCCGCUGUAAGCAGCUGAUCUGCGACCCGAGCUACGCGCCGGAGCGCGUGAAGAAGGUCGGUCGUGUUAUUCGUGUCAUCUGCUUACUCAACCACCCCAUCAAAAACACCCACGACGCCAACUCCUGCCAGAUCAUCAUCCCACAGACGCACCUCAACAGGAAGUCAGAUAUCUACAUCUGUUUGCUGUCCUUCGCUCAUAACGUGGCGGCGGAAGGCAAGUAUAUGGCUGUGGUCAGCACGAUGGUUGAAACCUGCAACCCGGAGAAGGAGGUCGCUCCCGGUCUGGCCUUGCUGGAGCCCGUCCUGGAGAAGUUUGUGAGUGUCAGUAACCUGAUGGUCCCCAUCGACGACGGCCGCCGGAGUCAGAUCUUCAUCUCACGCUCGUACGACCACACGCCACACUUUCAGACGGAGACGGAUGACAUCCUGGAUCUGUACCGGCGCGUCACGGGCUCAGAGUUCAUCUUCAGGGAUCCCAGAGAAACCGACGCUGACUCUGACGAAUGAACAAGCGUCACAACAUCAAACCCAUGAGAGAUCCUUCACUCCUGAACAACACGGCUGCGGUGUUUCUCUUCUUUAUCCAUAGAUUAGCAUCUCUUCUUAUUCUUCUUUAGAGGUUUAGGGUCUGUUUAAGGGUUAGUAUUAUUUACAGACACAAUAAUGUCACAGAUGACAAAUGUUCAGAUCAGGUUUUUUGUCCCGUGGCACUCUUUUGUUAGGCUGAAUGUGACACAGCAGUCAGACUGAGAAGGGUUUAUAGAAAUAGCAUCUUAAUGGAUUACUAAACAUCAUGUUUCAUGAGAUCUUUUUUUCUGCUGUUCACGCUUGCUAAAUGUGUUCAGAUUUGGACUGGCAGUCUUGUGUUGUGUGGUGUUUGUGUGCUAGCUGAAUAUAGUGUGUGUGUUUGUGUGUGUGGUGCUAAUAAAGAUGUGCACACGAU